CAAAGAAACACAACCACUAUAACUCCAUAAAUACUUGCACCACAAACCACUAGACAAAAAGCUAUACCAAAACAGCUAACACCAACCAAAACCUACCCAAAAACAUACACACAAACAGCCACCAAAACCUACCCAGAAACACACACAAACACCUUCGACACCCACCAAAACCUAUUCAAAAACCACCCACAAAACCCUAAGAGCACACAAAAACACCUAUACACACACAAUGGAAGCCCGACAAAGAUCUUCAGUAACAAUCUGCAAGAAACACCCUAAGCACCGGCAAUCACCAGGGAUUUGUUCCUUGUGUUUACGAGAAAGAUUAUCAAAGAUAUCGAGUUCUUCAUCGAGUGCGGUCACUAAUGCAUCCUCAUCGUCUUCUUCGUCUUCAAUCUCAUCGAUAUCGUCGGCUUAUUCAUCACAGAACACAUCCAAUGCUUCUUCUUACGCUGCAUCUCCAUUGCCAAGCUAUCGAAAUCGUCGAAAGAUCGAUAAUCUUGAUGGAAAAGGGUAUCUUUAUUUGUUGAGGAAGAACAAUGGUCUAUUAAAGAAGAGUAGAUCAAUUACUUUUGUUAGUGAUCAAAGGAAUGUUGUGCAAGAUCAUGAGAAGAAGAAGUUUGGAUUUUUGUCGAAGUUGAUAGGAUCAAAUAGGAGUUCUUCAAGGAUGAUGCAUUCAAGACCAACAAGAGAAACGUUUCUUUCAAGGGUUUGAUUUUGUUUUAAGUUUUCAAAAUAUUUUUUUUUAUAUUUUAAGGAAAAGAAAAAUAGAACCCUUUUUGUGUUACAUGUUAUAUUUACUUUUAUAUUGUAUGGAUGUUGAGGAAAUUCAAAGGAAAGAGAAGUGGGUCAUGGGUGUACGGAUUGUAGAAUCGGAAUAUUAUUUAUUUAUUUUUUAUUAUUUUUAAGAGGGUGCUUAUGAUUGAUUGUAUAUGUACCAAGCUUUACUAAUUGCUUUUAAGAGGGUGCUUAUGAUUGAUUGUAUAUGUACCAAGCUUUAUUAA